CAAAUCAUAUAUAAUGCUAGAAUUUAAUAUACUAUAUACAACAUCUAAUAUAAGGAACUUUAUUUGGACAACUCGAGUAAUAGAUAUGAUUAAUUACUAAUAAAAGGAAAUAAUAAAGAAAUUAAAAUAUAUAUUUUUCUCGGAAUAAUAAAUAUAUAAUGGGGUUGUAAUACAUGAUUAUUAUUUGACAAAAUAAAGUAUAUAGUAAUUAUCUCUCUUGAUUAAAAUAAAUUGCAUAAAGCCCACGGCCCACGUGUAUAUAUUACCAUAAUAAUUUAAUUACCAUACAUGAACACCUACUUAUCACAUCUUGCGUGCAAAUCAAGACUCCUUUUCCAUAUACAACAAUCCUAAUUAAGCAAAUUAAGUCUCACAAUAAUUCAGAUUUAAUUAUUUCAACGAAUAUAGAUUUCUACACUAUGGCUGCAACGAAGAAGAACACGUAUGGAGACGGUGUUGAUUGGAUCAGAGGUUCGAUUAUCGGUAAAGGAGGAUUCGGGUCCGUUUACGCGGCUACUCUCAAGAAGAAUACGGAGAAUAAAUUACGUUUUCCGUCUGUGAUGGCCGUUAAAUCGUCGGAGGUUUCGGUUUCGACUACGCUUCAAAAGGAGAUGGAGAUCAUGUCAGAUUUGAAGGGCUCUCCUUAUUUGAUCGAAUGUUUCGGCCACGAGGCGACGAUAAGCAGCGACGGUACUUUCUUGGCGUACAAUCUCUUGUUGGAGUAUUGUUCGGGCGGAACCCUAGGAGAGAGAAUCAAGAAAUCCGGUGACAAGGGUUUGCCUGAAUCCGAGGUUAGGGUUUACACGAGAUGUAUAGUUCGAGGUUUGUACCACAUGCAUGGCGCCGGAUACGUGCACUGCGAUAUCAAGCCCGAUAAUAUAUUGCUUGUGCCGCAAGUCAAUAAUAGUGCUUCGUUUACGGCAAAGAUAUGCGAUUUCGGAUUGGCGAAGAGGGAGGUUAGAAAUUUCAAGAAGAGGCGAAUAACGAGAGGGCAAAAUUGGCAGGGCACGCCGAUGUACCUAUCGCCGGAGGCUGUGAGGGAUAAUAUACAGGAGGCGCCCUCCGAUAUUUGGGCGCUCGGUUGCGUUGUGCUGAAGAUGCUGACGGGGAAGCCCGUGUGGGAAGGGGAUACUGCCGGGGAAAUAAUUAACAAGAUAGGGGCAGAAGAGGAAUUAUUGCCCGAUAUUCCGGAUUAUUUAUCGGACGAGGCGAUGGAUUUCAUCAAGUGUUGUUUGUGGAGGAAUCCUUCGUAUAGAUUCACGGCUCAAAUUUUGAUGGACCAUCCGUUUCUUGACGGCCUUACCGAAGAUGGCGAUUCAUAUAGACCCACGGCUCGAGUGAUGUUCGAUCGUCCGUUUCUCGACGGCCUUAGCGAAGACGACGACGACGAAGACAGCGACUCUGAAGAUGAUUCGUUUGGUGAUUCUUAUUGCUUUGCCAAAGCUAUUGUUGAUGAUUUAUCUUUGUAUUCGUAUAUGUAA